AAAAUUAUAAACAUUCAAAAACAAUAACUUACCUGUUGCAUGUAGCUUCCAAGACAUUAAACAUCAAUCCUACUCUUUGCUUUCCAUGACAAUCCCCAUCUGUAGACAGUCAGUAUCCACCAAUGAGGUAUAGAUGUAUAAUGUGUGUACAAAAUUCAAAUUUUUCCAAGGGUUUUGCUUUGUGCUAUUAAAAACUCCACAUAUUGUAAGCUUUCUCUUGUUUUCUUUGAGAAGCUAUAUGACCAUCCAUUCAUUGCACUCCAAAACUUUUUUUUUUUUUGUCAAUAAAUAUACUUAUCUAAAGUAGUUUGUAUCCCUUGUUGUUCCUGCCACCACCACCACCAUGCUUCUUUGUUUCUCCGAUCACCACGACCAUGUUCAUCGAUACCACCUCCGCCGCCGCCGCCGUCACCAUCUCUCGCUUCCUCUCCUUAAUAGAGCGAUGCAUCGCCACCAAAGACCUCCGGCUCGGCCGCCACCUCCACACCCACCUCCUCAAGACCGCCCUCAACCACCAUACCGUCGUCGCCAACCGCCUCGUCCACCUCUACUCACUCGCUGGCGUCCUCCCCUCUGCCGUCUCCGCCUUCACUGAUCUCCCCUUCAAAAACCACCACUCGUAUAACACUCUCCUCGCCGCCUUCUGCCGCGCUGGCCACCUCCCCUCUGCCCGCCAAUUGUUCGACCAGAUGCCCCACCGAGGCCUCGUCUCCUAUAACACCAGGAUCUCGACACUAAUCCACCAUGGCCACCACACUGAAGCACUGAACCUCUUCACCCGAAUGCGGGAGAACCACUCCUUCGACAAAUUCACCGUCGUUGGUGUUGCGACCGCAUGUGCCAAUCUGGGUGCUCUAAAAUCUCUUCGUCAGCUCCAUGGAGCUGCUAUCGUCUCUGGGUUGGAGUUUAAUCUCAUAAUGUCGAAUGUUAUGAUUGAUGCCUACGGGAAGUGCGGUGAUGCUGAGGUCUCCCGCGAGUUCUUUGAUCGGAUGGGGACGAGAGAUGUCAUUUCUUGGACAUCGCUGGUGGUGGCAUAUGCCUCUGCGCACAGGCUCGAAGAGGCCUGGUUGGUAUUCGAUCGGAUGCCGGAGCGGAAUGCAGUCUCAUGGACGGCGCUCAUUUCAGGGUAUGAGCAGAAUGGGGAGGGAGAGGCAGCAUUGGAGCUCUUCAGGCGGAUGAUGGAAGAGGGAGUUGGUCCAACACCAUUUACUUUGGUCUCGGUUUUGAGUGCUUGCGCGGGCUUAGGAUUUAUAGCUCGGGGGAAGCAAGUGCAUGGCUUCAUGGUCAGGAGGUGCAUUGGAUUGGAUUCUUUCAACAUAUUCACCUCGAAUGCUUUGAUCGAUAUGUACGCAAAGUUUGGGGAUAUGGCCGCGGCCGGGACUCUGUUUGAUGAAAUGCCCGAGCGAGACAUUGUUUCUUGGAAUUCGAUGGUUACAGGAUUUGCUCAGAAUGGGCAUGGCAAGCAAUCUCUUGCUGUCUUCGAACAGAUGAUGAAAGCCGGGAUUACACCAAACCAUACCACAUUCCUCUGUGUGCUCUCAGCUUGCAGCCAUGCUGGCUUAGUCUUAGAGGGCCGUCGAUUCCUUGAUUCAAUGGAGAAGAAGUAUGGAGUACAGCCAAGGCCAGAGCACUAUGCCGCUUUCGUUGAUGCACUUGGGCGCAAUUGCCAACUGGAAGAAGCCAUGGAAUUCAUAAAGUAUUUGCAUUCUAAACAUGAACCGAGCAGUGUUGGGACAUGGGGAGCACUCCUUGGGGCAUGCCGAGUGCAUGGAAAUUUAGAGCUUGCUGAAAGAGCUUCUAAGUACCUCUUUGAGUUGGAGCCCGAGAAUGGAGCAAGAUACGUGAUGUUGUCUAAUAUAUAUGCUGCAGCAGGUCGAUGGGACAAUGUUCGACAGGUUAGGCUGCUUAUGAAGGGGAAGGGAUUUAGAAAGGAUCCAGGUUUCAGUUGGAUAUAUCUGAGGAGUGGCAAGCAUAUGUUUGUAGCUGAUGAUGAGUCUCAUAAGCGAACAGGGGAAAUUUAUGAAUUGCUUGCCACUUUGGUUGAUCAGAUGAAGGAAACAAGAUGUCAUCUAAAUUUUGAGCAGAGCCUGUUUGGUGAUGAAAGCAGGGACUUGUUGUUGCAAUGUGUUUAGUAAGAUAGCAGCUGCAUCAAAUCAUUGGUUACAUUGGUCGGCCAGAUGGUGAUUUUGCUCCUAUGGAGAAGUGCUACAUCAGUUCAGUCUAUGAGGAUGAAACAUUGAUAUAACUUUGCUAUUGGUGUAAUAUAUGCAUCAGCACAACAGACUUAACUCUCUAAAGCUGUGCUGAGAGUCUCUAAGGGUUGAAUCUUUGCAAACCAGAUGCCUUGAGGAAUUACAGAGAAGCUCAUGCAGGAGGUCUUCAUUAUGGUCAUGAAAAGAAUGUGCAUGACUUCACUAGUAAGGAGGUUUACUUGACAAAACAUAAUUUCAGGGACUACCAGCAGAAGACCUCCUUAGGUGCUUGCUUCCAAUGUGGAUGAAAUUGUUAACAUUAUUUGAGCAUACAGAAGCAAUCAGAGUUUUAGGAUGCCAAAGAGUUGUUUGCCUAGGGAAGGGCGUGGAGAGAUGUGGCAUCCCUUUUGGAGAUUAUGAUACUUCCAAGUUCUAGCACUUUUCGUUUAACAUAUUAUUUUGUGCUUACAUUUCCAGUUCUUUCUAAACUAUUGUGACAAAUUAUUGAGGGAAUUAUUCUUUGCUUCAGGGUGUUGGGCAUGUUUUGAGGUUUCCUUCUAAUUUUGCAUGUGGCAGACCUCUGUUAUCUUUUGUUUCACUUCCUCAAUAAAUGCUGUUGGGUUCUCUGGACCUAACAUUUCUUAA